AUGAAUUUUUUUCGUUGCAAUUGUACAAAUAUUGAAUAAGGAUUGGAUAUACCGAAUAGUAAUCUCUAUAUAGAAUAAAUCAUCUUGCAUUCAAUGAAUUAGGAUAAGGUUAUUUCUUUAACAAUGGAUUUAAAUGUAAUUUUAGAAGGAUUCAAGUUGAAUAGAAAAAAGGAUUGUCUUUAUUUACAAGAUCUCAAAGAUUUCAAAGAAGAUCUACAUUAUACAUUAACAAAAUUAAAUCAAUAGUUUUAGUAAUUUAAUGUGAUUUAAUAUGCUAGAAUCCCUUUAAACAAUUAAGAUGAUAGUAGUUAACAAUUUUAUUUAAAUUUAAACUUAUAUGUAUAUGAAGGCUGUUAUAAAUUAUUAUACUUAUAAUAAAAAGACUCAUAUUUCCACAAAGAUGAUUAUCUCUAUGGAGAAUGGGAAAUUAUGGGUUCAACUUAAGAAAUUUAAAUAGAAUAUAUAGGUAACAUUAUUAUUUAUUAUUAAUUCUUAGAAGAUAAAACUAAUUAAGAGUAAAAUAAUCAUUUACUUAGAGAUCUAACAAAUUGUACUCAAAAUCAAUAGGCAGAACAUCUUAUUGAAGAUGAAAAUCCAAAAAUAAAAUAUUCAAUAAGUAAGACACCUAAACUCAAAAGAAAGCGCUGA